CAAUAGAUGAUCAAAAGCACAUAUCAAUUGAAACGAUACUAAUGGAGAGGGUGAGUCUUGUUGCAGUGAUUUUGCUCGGCCUUGCUGCUGCAGCGUGCGCGCAGCAGGCUUCGAACGUUCGCGCGACGUAUCACUACUACAAUCCCGCACAAAACAACUGGAACCUCAACGCGGUUUCUGCAUAUUGUGCGACUUGGGAUGCAGAUAAGCCUCUGUCAUGGCGCCAGAAGUACGGAUGGACCGCGUUUUGUGGGCCUGUCGGGCCUCAUGGACAGGCCGCUUGUGGCAAAUGCUUGAGGGUAACUAAUCAAGCAACAGGAGCUCAAGCUACAGUUAGGAUCAUUGACCAAUGCUCCAAUGGAGGAUUAGACUUAGAUCAAGGUGUUUUCGCUCAGUUGGACACGAAUGGUCAAGGUUAUGCUCAAGGCCAUCUCACUGUCAGCUAUCAGUUCGUCAGCUGUUAGGUUCACAAUAUGCAUGAUAUAUAGAUUGUGAAAACUACAGUAUGACUAUAGAAAUAAUGAUGCAUAUUGAAGUUAUAUGUAUGCAUCCAUCCUUGAAGAAAUAAGACUAUCCUCGGUUGUAGAAUGUUGUCUUCUGAAUAAAGAUUGCGUUAUAUGUAAUACCUCUGCCUUUUCUCACUCAAGGAGAAUACUAUCUAAAAUUUUGUUUUAUUUUA